UGCUUGCUACUUGUCUCUCUGCUCUGCCACGCAGGCAGCCUGGAGUCAACCCACCGCGGUGCAUGAUGGGAGGAUCAGUCUGGUCUGGUAGCCACGUAGCAGCUAACAACAUUAGCUGAGCAGCUAACGUCAGCAAACGUCACAAUGGACUUGCCACAUCAGGGCUACAGAGCAACUAAACCAAGAGCUCGUGCAGCUCCCCCCACUGCAGAUUCUGUCCUGUUUGAUGACACCAGCGCUGUACCGCCAGCAAUGAACAGUCAAGGAUACUACACUCCUGCGUACAAUAUGGCAGGACCCCCAAAUAACAUGCAAGGAGGUGCUGCUGGGCCAAACAACGUGUUUAACGACCCAAUGGCCAACGCUGCAAUGAUGUACGGCUCCUCAUUAGCCAACCAAGGGAAGGAUAUGGUGAACAAAGAGAUCAGCAGAUACGUGUCUGUGAACAAGCUGAAGUACUUCUUUGCCGUCGACACCAGAUAUGUAAUGAAGAAACUCAUGAUCCUCAUGUUCCCUUACACACAUCAGGAUUGGGAAGUUCGUUACCAUCGGGACACUCCACUGACUCCAAGACAGGAUGUGAAUGCGCCGGAUCUUUACAUACCAACGAUGGCUUUCAUUACCUACAUUUUACUUGCUGGAAUGGCCCUCGGCAUUCAAAAACGGUUCAGCCCGGAGGUUCUUGGCCUGUGUGCCAGCACCGCCCUCGUGUGGGUCAUCAUUGAGGUCUUGGUGAUGUUGUUGAGUUUGUACCUGCUGACGGUGCACAGCGACCUCUCAACCUUUGAUCUCAUUGCGUACAGUGGAUACAAAUAUGUUGGGAUGAUCUUCACAGUGAUGUGUGGCUUACUGUUUGGCAGUGAUGGUUAUUAUGUGGCCCUUGCCUGGUCCUCUUGUGCCCUUAUGUUUUUCAUUGUCCGAUCUCUGAAAAUGAAGAUACUCCCCUCUCUCUCCACGGACUCCAUGGGAACUGGAUCAAGUGCCAAACCUCAGUUCCGCCUUUAUAUCACUGUGGCUACUGCAGUGUUUCAGCCAAUCAUUAUAUAUUGGUUAACCUCUCAUCUGGUCAGGUGACCGUGAGGCGUUCAUUAACCUGAAGUGUAUUGGAGCUAAAACAUUUGGUUGUUUUGAGUGUUUGUACACUUGCCUUUAUACGCUCCUUUGUCAGUAAACUGAAAACAUAUGUAGACGGUGUUGAACUGCAGCGUGUGUUGAGCUUGUCAGAUGGACAUGAUGUCAUUAAUGAAAUGGUUUCAUUGAUUUAACCACAAAGUGUGACACAGAAAAUAUCUCACUGGAAGUUGUUUUCCACCAUGAGUGUACAGUAAAUGUUUAUUUUUGGCCACCUAACUUUGAAGAAAAAGGGCUUUCAUUGUGAGAUUUGUUUAAUCAUAACUCCGAUUCAGUUCAAGUUUCCUUUUACAUAACGUCCCUGGACAUGCUUUACAGUAUUUACACCCCACAGUAAACAAAGUACACAGACAUAAAACGCACAUUACACACAUGAUUCAAGUACCAUUUUUCUGGUAUGGUAAUGUUCCUGCAUUAUCCCCCUUUUUCUCUUGUGAGUCCUGGACUUUAUUUAUCUACAUUUGACAAAGCAUGACAAUGUUUGGAUUUUUUGUAGAAAAAAAUAAAUAUAUUUAGCUUUGUGUAUUCAAUUUUAA